AUGAGAAAAUGACCGAGCUGACCUCUGGUCUUCUAGUUCAGGGUUCAACUCAGCUCGUUGGCACUCCGAGAUGAGAUGCAUUCGGACGAUUCAUUUCGAAAUGACCAGACUUAGCCUAUAAUUUAAUUUAUUUUAUUUUUCUUUUAACACGUUCAUUUCUCUUCUCUGGUGAUGGUGAUUGAGGAAGAACUGGGUGGGACAACCGCCACCUCUCGGCCUGCCCCCGCCACUCACCGCCGCCACUGAGAUAGUGAGCUUCUGGUCCGAGAGAGAGAGAGAGAGAGAGAGGAGGAGGAGGAGGAGGAGGAUUAUUCAUCGACCGGCACCUCUCCGCCACCAGCACUCACCGCCGCCGCCAAGUCUCUCUAGCCUUUGCCCCCGACAGCAAUCUCUGAAGCAGCAGCAGCAGCAGCUGCUGCCCCCUAAAGAGGCCCACGAAACAGUGUCCCUCUUCUCUGUUCUUAAGCUAAAUCCGAGGGUAUUGAAUAAUGGGCAGCUGAAUAUUCUGCAUUUUGAUUGAUUCGGAAGCUGCUCGGUCGCUGUCGCCCGAUGUUAUUUGCAGAAGCAAUCGAACGUUUCGUUUCUCAACGGGAAAAAGGCUCUGUUAAUUGAAACUGUAAAAUAGUAUAGUGCGUUGAGUUAUCAUGCUCUGUUUGAGGAAACUGAUCGGACAGCGAACUCGAUUCAAUUGGAUCCCCCAAAGGCUCAUCCUGUCAGCCCCAGCUCCAGAGUUUGCAGAGACCGCCGAUGAGAUCGAAAGAAUCACCAAACUCAUCAAUGACCACCCGUUUCCGCAGCAACCUCUGCACCCCAUACUUCAACAACAUAUCCCUCCUCAGUUGCUUUCAAAUCCCUUUGUUGAAAAUGUUCUAGGCCGCCUAUUCGCAGCCCAUUCCAAUGGCCUUAAAGCCCUGGAGUUCUUCUGGCAUGUGACCCAGCGUCUACCGGGGGGCCCUAGUGUUGAUGCGUUUGAGAAAACCCUCCACAUCCUCACCCGGAUGCGGUACUUUGACCAGGCGUGGGAACUGAUGGAGCAUAUCCGGGUGACCCAUCCUUCGCUAUUGACCCUUAAGUCGAUGAGCAUCAUGUUAUCCAGAAUAGCCAAGUUUAAGACCUAUGAGGAAACCCUUGAAGCAUUCGAUAAGAUGGAGAAAGAUGUCUUCGUAGGGAAGUUUGGUACUGAGGAAUUUAAUGUCCUUCUUCGUGCAUUUUGCACGCAGAGGAUGAUGAAGGAAGCUCGGUCGGUGUUCAAUAAUCUUCAUUCUCGCUUUUCUCUAGAUACCAAGUCUGCAAAUAUCUUGCUUUUGGGAUUCAAAGAAUCAGGAGAUGUGACCGCUGUGGAGUUUUUUUAUCAUGAGAUAAUCCGAAGAGGUUUCAAGCCAAAUUCUGUCACAUAUGAUAUCAGAAUCGAUGUUUACUGUAAGAAAGGCUGUCUAGGUGACGCAUUGAGACUCUUUGAAGAAAUGGAGCGGGUGAAAGAUUUCAAGCCUACAGUCAAGACUAUCACCACUUUGAUUCACGGUGCAGGGGUCGCUCGAAACCCGGGAAAGGCAUGGGAAUUAUUUGAUGGGAUUUUGUUAAGAAAUAUGACACCAGAUAUUGGGGCUUAUAAUGCGUUGAUCAGUUCAAUGGUCAGAUGCAGGGACAUAGAAGCUGCAGUUCAAUUGAUGAAGGAUAUGGAGGAGAAGCAAAUUGGGCAUGACAAUGUAACUUACCAUACCUUAUUCUUAGGACUGAUGAGAUCAAAGGGCAUCAAUGGUGUUUGCGAUUUGUAUUAUAAAAUGGUUGAGAAGAAUUUCGUACCCAAAACACGGACUGUAGUUAUGUUGAUGAAGUUCUUCUGUGUAAAUCAGAGGCUUGAUUUGGGUUUACACUUGUGGGGAUAUAUCAUCGGGAAAGGGCAAUGUCCUCAUUCUCAUGCAUUGGAUCUUUUGCUGACCGGGCUCUGUUCCCGGGGAAGGUUGCUGGAAGCCUUCAAGUGCUCGAAGCAGAUGAUGCAGCGAGGAAGGCAGAUGAGUGAGUUGUCGUUUAGGAUGUUGGUCGGGUCUCUAACUCAGUCUGGUGAAACUGAGAAGCUGAGAGUGCUUGAUGACAUGGUAAAGCAGUUAGGUAGUGUGUUGCCUCCUUCAAAAGGACAUGCUAGAGAUAUGAUGAAUUAAGUGUCUAUGAUUAUAGCCUCUCAUAUUUUGUAUUAGUAGCAAUUCUUACAUGGUUAACUCUAUAGAGCUAUUUCGAUUUUACGUGGCCUUCUGUAAAACUGUGCAUACUUAAAUGAGAAAUAAAAUGCUCUCUUAUUGUUGGCACCUGUA